AUGGGUGACGAGAGCUCGGGCUGCCCCUCCGGAUCGCGGCCAAUGGGGGCGAAACGCCCGUUGGCGGGGGGGAUUCGUGUGAACGAGAGGCUGCGAUUGGCCGAGCGGAGCCCUGCCGCCUUUCGGGCGACCAAUCGGAGACGUGACCCCGGGCGAACCUGCCGCUCAGUGGUGGCCGGGGAGAGAGGGCGGGGAAAGGGGCGGGGCCGGGACAGAGCAGAGCAGUCACCCGGGCAACGGGGGAAGCGAACGGGAGGAGACAUGGACGGGAACGGCCAGAACCCGGCAACGGAGGAGCCCCCGGCCGAGGAGCCCCCGGCAUUGGAGCAACCCCCGGCCGAGGAGCCCCCGGCCAUUGGGAGCAACCCCGGCCGGAGGCAGCCUCCGCAUUGGGAGCAACCCGGGGCCCGAGGAGCCCCGGCUAUCUGGGAGCAACCCCCGGCCGAGGAGCCCCCGGCAUUGGAGCAACCCCCGGCCGAGGAGCCCCCGGCAUUGGAGCAACCCCCGGCCGAGGAGCCUCCGGCGUCGACGCCGGAGGAGCCCCCGGUAUUGAGUGAGCCCCCGGUAUUGGAGGAGCCCCCGGUAUUGGAGGAGCCCCCGGUAUUGGAGGAGCCCUCGGUAUUGGAGGAGCCCCCGGUAUUGGAGGAGCCCUCGGUAUUGGAGGAGCCCCCGGCUGAGCAGCCCGGGGAUGGCGAAGUCUCCGAGAGCGAACGCGACGCGCUGAGCGAGGACAGCGAGGAGCCCGAGGGCCCGACGGAGCCUGCGGAGCCCCCGCAGCCCGAAGGCGAAGCGGAGGAGGCCGAGUGCCGCGACGAAGCCGAGGAGGAGGAGGAAAGGGAGCGCGACGAGCUGCUGGCCGAGUACCGCGAGCUGGAGUCCGAGCGGCAGCGGCUGCACCAGACCGAGAGCCGCCUGCAGCUGCUGCUGGCGGAGCUGCUGAGGCCGCAGCGGAGCGAGCGGCGGGCGGACGAGGCGGGCGGGCAGCAGCUGUUCGCGGAGCGGCUGCGGGAGCUGCGGGAGCUUUGGGGGCGGAGGGAGCGGGAGGCAGAGAGCUGGAAGCUGCGGGUGGACGAACGGCAGAAGGACAGCGAGGAGAGCGAGGCCAGGGCCAGAGCCGCGUGGGCCGCCUUCCAGGCGAGGAAGAAAGCCGUGGCCGUGCAGACACUCGAGCGGCGGCGGGGCGGCAGGGAGGCGGCCCUAAGGACGGUGGGGGACAUCCAGGCUCGGGAGAAGGACAAGGAGGCCGCACUGCGGGAGGCCCGGCUGGAAAACAUCAAGGUGAAGCUUGAGGUCCGAAAACUUGAGAGGAUCCUGAGAGCCCAGAGAGAAUCGAUGAAAGGCAGCAACCGCGCAGAGAUCAGUCUCAUGAAGAAAGAGAACCAGCAGCUCAACGAAAAGCUCGAAGGCCUCAACUGCGAAGUUCUGAAGCUCAAGAGGAAAGUAGCUGACGUAGAACGGACCCUCAACUACAUCAGGGAGAAGCUGCAGUUUGCGGAAGCUGAGAACCAAGGCCACAAGGCUGAGCUGAGGGACAUCAUGAGCGCCCUGAGGCAGAAGAGAGACGCUCUGACCAAGAGCAAGAAGGUCAGAGACAGGCUGAGGGCACACAGCGUGAAACUACUGCAGCAGCGCGGCCUGCUUGGGGAGGAGACACUGCUGAGGGACUUUGAGGAAAAGGUGAACAACAUGGAGUUGUUACAUCGGCAGCUGGAAGCACUGAAACAUCGCCACGCUGCUCUGAUCCUCAAAGAGAGGGAGAUUCAGAAAAAAAUGAGCAAAGCCAAAUCAUUUCUACCUUGAUGAGGGAAGUAAAGCAUUGAAAAUAGAGAAAGCGCAGCCUUUUCUGUAAUCCUCUUUUUAACAUGUUCAAUCCAGUAACAAUCUGUACAACCACCACGUGUGACUUCUACACAGGUCCAGGAGACCUGGAGAAUUAACUCAAGGUUAACUUUCAUAGAUGGAGCUGCGAGCUGGAGGAAUGCUGGGGAUUCACAGCAAACCCCACUUGCAUACACACAGCGUACUAUAGAAGGACUAACACCCUCAUUCUGUUGACAGAACUGGCUGCAAAUUUCAUUAUGGUGCUGUACAGGAUGAAAGGUUACUGCUCCAAAUAUGUCUAUUAAAUUUCUCAUUCCAAACUAGUCUGAAUUUUGUGGUCUUUCAGCUGUUAGAGCUUUAGCAGGCACCAUGUGGUGUGUGGUGGGGAUGGAAUAGCACAAGCCCACCACAGCUACAGGCCCUUUGCACUGUUCAAGGACAGCGCAUCAGAAAGCCAGAAGACUGAAAAAAGGGGGAAGGGAGGGAGAAGGUGCCACACAGGGAUGAUCAUACAGCUCAUGGUGAGCAGCAGAGGCUGUCUGACAGAAAGUACAUGCGUAGGAAGGAAAUGUGUCGCUGUGUUUCUCCACAUGGAAAAAAUGGCGCCCCUGACAUCCAUCCACAUUUGCUGAACAUCUUUGGAGACCAAACUGUGGAAGGAGGAGAUACCUGAGCUUUCGGUUUCUCAGUCGCACCGACAGCAGGUGAUUAAGGUAACUUUACAUGACUUUAUUUAAUAAAACCAUAUAUUUACAGUUGAAAAAAGUUCCAGUUUGAUACACGUAUCUAAACGAAACCAGCUACAUAAAAAUGACUGAACCAUGAUGUACAGAGGAUGUCUCAACAGUUCUCUAUGCGUCCAGUUUGUAAAACAUUCAAAAAUGAGCUGCUGGAAGGAACCUUCCAACCCAGACUGAAUCAAAUGAGACACGUUAAUGACUGAUUGCUGACGGCGGCUGCAAAACGGCUUUGCAAUAAAGUGCGGGUUGUACAAAACUCCAAAGCUGGUGACAAUGCUCUGGAUUCUCUGAUCUGUUCGUACGGUGAUGGUGGAAACCCACCAAGAAAACAAUAGUCUGCUGAGAUGGGGACGCUUCAAUGAGAGAACACGUCACGCGUGACGUUACAAAUCGCCUUCAGCACCUGAAGUAACGGUGUCACUAUUUGUUAUGCAAUCCCUGAAUCGAUUACAGAAACCUUCCAUAAUAUUGAAGAGAUUUGGUAUGCCGCAAGGAACUUAACAAGCUUGGUGGCAAGUAAUUCUAAGCCAUUACAACUCAUCUCUGUUCAUAUCAAAAUUCAAGUGUAGUCUUCAAGUUACUGAGAGGUUGGAACAAUUGCAUCUUUAGGCAGGUCAUUUUGUUUUCAAAUGCAUUUUGUUUGAUAAUAAACUGUGCAAAGCUC